AUGGAGUUUGACGAGGAGGAAGAUGCGGAGCAAGAUACCGGCAAGCCGAAUGGAGAGGAUUCAGCGCCAGAGACUCCACCUAUCUUCGUGAAACCCUCCCUUGAGCAAGCUGGAAGCUUGACUGGGAGGCACAUUGCGCAAACGCUUCAACCUCCCAGAUCAAUCGACAUUUCUGGGGAGGGGACUUGGACUGGAGGUUUUCGUCACCCUACCGAUACGCCCCAGCUCCUUCCCAUUCCUUCCCCCGGACUCCCAAUUCCUUCUCCGCUUGUUUCAAGCUCAAACAGCCCCCAUGGUUAUUUCUCAUCUGUAUCUGCCGCCACAGAGGCACAAAAUGUUCGAUCUGUACCUGCAGAAACAGCUCCGUCGACUGUGCGAACUGAAGCGGAUCUUUUGACUGAUGUGUCACUACCAAAAAACUUCCAACCACAGGCGGCCGAAAUAGUUGUCGAAGAUAUCAGAACUGCAGAACAUGACUACCUUGAACCUACGGAAUCUGUCUCUCACCAGCAGGCUUCGGCUUCUUUAUUGGAAGAUACUUUGGCCGAUGAACAUCAUGUACUACCAACAUAUCACGAAGAGGCCGCUCUCCUGGAAUCUGUCGGCGACUCCGCCAUUAUCGACCUUGGAGCCGACAGGGGAAAUGGAGAUGAUGAACCAUUGGUUUCAGCCCAAAUCGACGCAGAAAAGGGCCAACACGUUGAAGACGAGAUCUUUGAAGUCGAAUCAACACAGGGCUCUCAAUUUGAUGCUGAGGAGGCUGUCGCAGUUGACGUCCACAUAUCGCCAAACGUGCCGCCCGCCUCCUCGUUGGAUGAGCACCCCGCAGAUGAUGAGAUGGAGGGCAUCGAAGACCAACUGGAGAAUUAUGUGCACGAAGAAUACGAGACCCAAGUGGGGUCGAUCUCAGUUGCAUCAUCAGUUAUUGAACAAGAUGGUCACGGAAGCGAUAGCGUACAAGAAAGCGAAGUGUACGAUGAUGAAGCGCUCUAUGAUGAGGAAGAAGCAGAUUCAGAGUUGCAGGAUGCGGAUGAGUAUGGUGAUUUCACCGAAUCCGAGGGGGAGGAUGAUGACAGAUUACGGCAACAACAGACUCGGCCGCAACAUUCCCAACCUGAAGUUAUUGUUCUAGACAGUGACAGCGAUGAUGAACUUGCUUCUGACCAGUCAAAAUCUACUCCUUCGCAGCCACCACCCCGUCUCAGCCAAGCAUUCCGACGCGGACCAUCAGCAUCCUCUAGUGCUGGAGAUCUGAUGGUUGAUGGUCCUGCGGGUGCGUAUUCAGUGGCUGAGCGUGGACCCGAGGAUCGGUUUGCGGAAGAUGUUGAAGAGCAAUGGGUCGAUGAAAUGGAGGAAGAUCAAGAUCCCGACCGGCUCCUUCCUGGGCAAAUAGAUUACGAGUCGUCAGAGGAUGAGUUGGCACAAGAUCACUACGUUAUGAGUCUCCCAAUUCGGGAAGCAUCAGUUGCCCGGGUACGAGAAGAGAGCCAUUCCGCCGAAGCAGAAGACCACGAUAUGACCGCUGAACCAUACCCACCAGCUACGACAUCCGUUGAUCUUGAUCUGGCAACGCCUGAAGGCCUACCUCGAGCCGAUUCCGAACUUUCUAUUUCAUACCAAAAUCAAACGGAGGAAAGAUGGAAUCCCGCUAUCCAGGUGAACCAACACGAUUCAGGCACCGCCCAAGACGUAUCCCAUGACCUGGAGGCCAUGAUCGACCCGGCUCUGCCUCGUUCACCCAUUCUUACUGGCGAGACCGACCUCCAAAUACACCGUGGGCAAGAAAGCAAACAUCAUGAUACCGCUCUUGACGGGCCACGAUAUGAAUUCGGAUCAGGAUAUGAACAUGAGCUUAGCCAUUCAUUCGACGGAGCUGCGUCUCCUCCGAGGAAGCAGGAGACUCAACUGCCCCAGUUCUCACAUGAACAACAAUUGCCAACGCCCGACCCUACCCAAGAGACUGUCUUUGCCCAUGAACCUGCUGUCGGUGCUGGGAGAGUUGGACUUUCACCUACGCCAGAUGAUUUACGUCUAACUUCGAAGAGAUCGAAUCAACCCCAUAUCUCAGCACAAGGAAAGGCUCCUAGCCUAGUCAAGAGCACCGAUCAGGCCAUCUCCCCCUCUGGAUAUGUCCAAGUUGCCAAGGACAUGCCUGGAAACGACAGAGCGAGAACGAGAUCACCAUCAAUUCAACUGCCGGUUCCUGACCGUCACGCGGCUGGGUUACGAAGCAAACUCUCGUACUUCGCUCCACUUGCCUCGCUCAUCGACCACUACAAUUCUUUGGUGGACACGGUUUCGGUGGUCCAUCAGGUAUCACCAGUAGCACGAGCGACAUCCGGGCCCAAAGAUUACUACGUGACUAUCCAACUCACAGAUCCGUCCAUGGCCGGCACAAUGCUCAAUGCGCAAAUCUUCCGGGCUCAGAAAUCCGCGAUGCCGUCUUUGGUUGAAGGAAACGCCAUCCUGUUGCGCAAUUUCAAGGUUCGAAGCUUCGACCAUGCAAUCAUGCUCGUCAGCGCCCAGUCCAGUGCAUGGGCUGUGUUCGAUGGCUCCGGCCCUGAUGCCCAAGUGAACGGCCCACCUGUUGAAUAUGGUGCAGAGGAACGGGCUUACGCCUCUGCUUUGCGGCGGUGGUAUCAGGAGGUGGGCUCAGCCAUGGUAGCUGAUAAUCAGCUCCAAGCAUCCAUUGGCAGAGACAGCAUGGAAUCCAGCGAUCCGGGCAGCCCGAGUCUCUCCUGGCGGGAUGAUCGACGUGGCUCGGCCAGGUCCCGUUCGACGCGGCGACGGAAGAGUCAUCGGAGACUGACCAUUCAUGAACUGAGAGAUGGCACUCGCUACACAGAGGUUGGGUCUCCUAACCAUAGCAGCAUUCAUGAGCUUCGAGAUGGUACUGUGUACGCCAAUAUAUGA